AUGUGCAGUGAGUACCAACUGACGAUCCGAGAACAGCCAAAACAUUCUCGCAUGUGCGGUAUUGGCGAAAAAGCCGAUAGGAGACCCAUCGACCCAGCUCCGAUUGUCCAGCUUCGAGUCAUUACGCAUGAACACGCGGCUUGGUACCUCGACAAUCCAUAUUAUUUCAUGUACGCCAUGCUGGCGGACAUCGAGACAGACGAAGAGUUGCAUCUUUUACCCGACGGAAAGACAAGGUACACGACUGGUAGCUGCGUCUCAUGCCUUUACCACCUGAAGGACAUCGACGGCAGUCACCAAGGCUUCUUUAUCUUUCCAGAUCUGAGCAUCCGCGUCGAAGGGAGGUACAAGCUCAAACUAUGUCUGUUUGAGACGAUAGGGCACGGUGUCUACCACUGCAAAUCCAUCUACACUGCUCCUUUCAAUGUCUAUACAGCCAAGCGGUUUCCGGGAAUGGAAGAAUCGACGAAGCUCUCACGCGCUUUCGCCGAUCAGGGUCUCAAAGUCCGAGUGCGGAAGAACCCACGCUUGCGUCGCUCGGCAGCCAAGAAAGGAAGCGACGACACGGAUGACAAGCCGGAUGAUCCCGUCGAGGGCCUAAAGAGACCAGCGAAAAGAAUCAGAAGCGAUGAUCACAGUGCAUCCGUCCCACUCAGCAUGUCAGCGCCUUCCG